AAGGCUUAUCUUAGCACUCAUAGCUUGCUGAGAAGUGUCUCUAUUUUUUGUCCCCCCUCAAAUCAGCCCUACCAUUACUUCAAAACCUUUCAUACUGGACCACGUUUCAGCUCUCUGUUGGUGGCCCAGCUGCUUUAUUGACUCAGUUGGGGACUACUGUAUCUAUCACUCACUGGAGAAGAAUUAAACACCAUGACUACUUCAGUAAACAAGCUUUAAGUAGCUCUGUGUAUAGCCUUACACACAUACAGACAGUACAGAGAAAUGCAGACAGCAUAGGGAAACACUGCAGAAUUGUACCACAACUUGUUUUUUUCUAAAUGUAAGCAUUUGUUGUAGCAGACACCAAAAGCUUCAGAGCAGCUGGUGGUGCCAAGACCACAGCCAGGAGCCAGCAGACAAAAUGUUCAUCAAAAAUGCCGACUUGCGAAAUCCCCGCCACCACCAUGAAUUAUUUCUGCGUAGUCGACCCUACAGGGGGGAACUGCCGACAGUGGCAGGAUUUCUCCUCUACCCGGACACUCCUGCUAAGAUGGAGACCACAUCACAAGAAGCUUUCUGCUUCAGACCCGUCUCACAACAUGACAGAGGCAAAGGAGACCAUAUCGCCCUGAACACACAGCAGGAGUCCCUCCGUUCUCAUCCCACAUCCUCGAGACAAACAGGAAGAGAAAACAGCAGCAGGGGCUGGAAACCAGGGGAGGACGAUCAAGAAGGCAACCAUGAUCAGACAGCAGGGACAAACGAAAGAGAUACGACAAAGAUGCAGUCUCAGUAUCAGAAGGACUUCCCUCCUCCGUCCUCCUGCUGCAGAAGGCGAACACCUGCCUUCCCACAGCCAGACAACAUCGGCAUCAACCCUGCCUUUAGGAUCGACUUUAGCACAGUGCAAAGAGAGAAUUACCCUGGUUGGCCCAUCAUGAGUCCCAUGUGUGCUCGGAGGCUGAGAGCGGCCUCGACUGGGAAACCAAACAUGAAAAAAUAAAUAAAAGAAUGUCAAAAAUAAGUCAACUGCAGCAAAUGUCUAAUUUUAUCAAAUGUCUAUCAACCCUAGCUUGUUAUAAUCAUAGUUCA